AAAGCUUUAAAGGGGAUGUGAUUAAAAGUGAGAUAUCGAGGGGCUUAUUGACGAAUUCCACAAACACAAUCGGAUGCUUCUUAAAAAUUUCGCAUGAGAGAUAUUCCCGGAGUCUUGUGGCGUUGUGCCAGUGUUUCUACCUCGAACCAUCGGGCUGUCAGGUGUCUUGGCAUGGACGCAAGCCCUCUGGAGUCUGGGAACUUGCAAGCUGCGAACUACGUCACCCUAUGUGUCUAUCCACAUAUAGUGGCAACGUCCGGGUUGUCUUCGGCGAUGCUUCGUAGAUGUAUCCAUGUCGGAUCAGCAGUUCCUUCGCAGGGCAGAUUUGCGAGCUGGCCUUCUUCGUCACAUGAAUGGCAGAAUCUUGUGUUUAUAUUACAAAACAUAACGACGAUUCAUUUCUGAUUGGUAUGUUCCUUUCAUGUUCGAAGAGAAGCGUCAAGUGUACGGUUU